CGCUGAGACCCACAUCAAGGGCUUCACACUGAACGAUGCUGCCAACAGCCUCCUCAUCAUAACGCAAGUUAGGCGGGAUUAUUUGAAAGAGGCUCUGACAACGCUAAAAACAGCCUUAGAUCUGCAGCAGACCCCUUCUAGGGUAGCAGUGACUCGCCUUAUCCAGGCAUUUGCCUUGAAGGGUAAUGUUCAAAGCAUAGAAGAAAUUCAGAAGAUGGUAAAUGGACUCGAAGACUCCAUUGGACUUUCAAAUAUGGUUUUCAUCAAUAACAUUGCUUUGGCACAAAUAAAAAACAAUAACACAGAUGUUGCCAUAGAAAACAUUGAAAAUAUGCUUACUUCAGGGAAUCAUACCAUGGAAUCCCAAUACUUUGGCUUGGCAUACUUAUUCAGAAAAAUAAUAGAGGAGCAUUUGGAACCAGCAAUUGAGAAAAUAAGCAUCAUGGCGGAGAGAUUGGCCAAUCAGUUUGCAGUUUACAAGCCUGUCACUGAUCUUUUCCUUCAGCUUGUGGAUGCAGGCAAGGUGGAUGAUGCCAGAGCUCUCUUGCAGAGAUGUGGUGCAAUUGCUGAACAAACCCCAAUUUUGUUGACAUUCUGUAUUAGAAGUGCUCGGAAACCAGGAAAGGCACCAACUCUGAAAUCUUUGUUAGAACUGAUUCCGGAAUUAAUUGAAAAGGAAGAAGCAUACGCUUCUAUCAUGAAAAGCUACGUCUUGGACAAAGAUGUCACAUCUGCUAAAGCACUGUAUGAACAUUUGACUGCGAAGAAUGUAAAACUGAAUGAUCUGUUUCUAAAGCGUUAUGCAUUUUUGCUGAAGGAUGUUGGAGAGUCUGUUCCUUUCACUGAGCCCCCCGAAAGCUUUGAAUUUUAUGCAAAGCAGCUAAAGGAAUCACAGGAAAACUCUUUUUGAAAUGAGCAGGCUCUACUUUGUUUUGUGUGUAUUUGUGAUUCUGUGUCUAAAUGUUAUUUUUAAAAUGUAUUUGAGAAGAAAAAAUAAAUAAAUGAAAAAUUACUUUGUUUAUGUACUUUUAUUUGUAAUAUAUGAUAUGUUCCAUAUCUUAUUGACAACUGUGUACACUUAGUCACUAGACUUUUUGGUUUUUGUCUCUGACAUAAAUCUACAGCAUUUCUUUAAGGCUUCUGAUGCAUGAAGCCAUAAUUGUUCAGGGUUCUUCUCUCAACGGACUCUUUCAUUCCCCUGCUCUGUUUGCUCUAUUUGCUCUAUUUUCAUAAAAAUAUUAUUAAUUUAAGACUUGCUUGUUAGUAUUGUUUAUCUGAAAAAUUUUGGAGCUAGAUAAAAUGCUCAGUGAACUUCCUAGUGCUUAAUAUUCUAUGAUACAACAAUUCCUUAUGUGUAUGAAGUCCUGCAUAAUUUUCUAAUUUUGCAGAAUGUUAGUAGUAAGAGUCGUCAAAUCUAGUGCUUGUCAUUUUCCAGCAAGAAGCAGACUCAAAGAGACUGUCACUUACCCUUGGUCAGCGUGCUGUUUGCUGACACCUGGAGGCUCCUCAGCACGCUUUUCCUUUUUCCCUUCUACCGUGAUGGUUUCCAUGAGCCUGUUUAUAGAAGUCUCUACAAUUGAGUCUUGGUUAUAACUUACCAUGAAGUAGAGCAAUGCAUUUCCUCUCAUUUUGGUUGAAGGUCUUUGCUGACACAAGCUAUACCCUACGCCAGCCUCGUUACUUCAUGCUCACAUCUUCUAAAUAUGUGAUAUCAUAUGUGAAAGGGUGAAAUCUUGGUUUAUAUUCAAUUUUUUUUUUUUACAACUCUGUAUUUAGUUUUUAAAAAUAAAAGUAAAAAUAAAAAUACCCUAUAUUGGCUCUCAUGCCUGCUAAUAUCUACAUUGUAAGUAGUUAUAUUUAAAAAAAAAAAUUUAAGAUAGGUAGUCAAGAUAGUUUACCACUCAAAGGUGUCUUAAUAUGAAAUAUUGACCUAUUUGGGGAUGAGGUAAUUAAUUACCCCAAAUGCUAGAAAUAUUUUAUUUGGGGAUCAGCUCCUUCUUGUAUUCUUUGUCCAAUUGAAUUUGAUGACUACCCCCUGUUCUGGUUUCCUACCAUUUACAUCAAAGGGAGACCUUGCCUUUGGAAGUUCUCAGGCCCCUUGUUUGUGCAGUUAUCCUUGUUUCUUCUGGGACCAGCCCUCCUUCAUCUAGUGCCUGCUUGCAGAUGGCAUGAGACGGAGGGCUGAUGGUGGGAGGCCAAGAAGUAAAUGUCAUCAUAGUAGUAGCCAUGCUUUUUCUUCACCUCUGUCCUGUAGUUAGACGUAAGGAGGUAGGGGGCUUGGCCAGUGCCUAGAGGAUAUGAGGCUUUGUUUUGUCUAUUGCCCAGGUGUAGGACCUGUACAUGUUGUAGUGCUGCUAUUGUCUGAUUUUCCAGGAGCCUCACUCUUGUGCGUAUGUCUUUAGUGAUUCCACUGAAGUAGGCCUUGAUUUUUGCAGUCAUGCUAUAACUAUAAGUUAGUUGAGCUACAUUUUAUUGAUGUUUAUUAACAUAUCCUUGGCAAGGCACAUCCUUGGGGCAUAAUCUGGACUUCAUAUCACGUGGGGAAACUGAGAGUACAACCAGCCCUGCAGAUGGACUCUGGUAAAAUGGGGGUGUAAUACAGAGGAAAUAGGUAAAAACUCGUCAUCUAGCAUUCUAAACAGCAGCCGGAGACCAUUAAAUACAUGUGUUAACCAAGAAUUAUCUAGUCAAAUAUCUUUAGCACUGAAUUGCUUCCCCUUUUGAAUGUAAAUAUCUAAAGUAUAGUAAUUGUAUAUCCUAGGUGGGUUUAUGAGUGCUUUCUAAAAAUCUAAUAGGUAUAUUCAAAUAAAUAGAAAUAUAGAGCAAACAAAAUUAUAGCAACUCUAUAAGACAUGUUAGACUUAAAUUAUAAGCAAACAUCUAAUUCUGAAAAGUAAACAUACCAUUGCAAACUUGGAAAGAGGAGUAUUUUAUAUGUAAUUAUGUGCUUAUGUAUUUGAACCUAAUCUAAUUUUAAUGUGAAAUGCUUUGAAUAAAGUAUACACCAAAUAUC